UGUGUGUGUGUGUGUGUUUGGCAGUUUAGUCGAGAAACCUAUUAUUGAACAGAAAGUGCUUUUGAGACACUCCUUCGCUUGCUACUGCAGCAUUACGCCCCGCACAAUGCACUUACUGACGUUCUCGGUCUCCUAUCAGGGUUACAGGGGUCUUUGAGAGACCAUAUCAGCCUGUUCAGCCCUGGGCGGUGCAACACCUCUGUCAGCUCUCUUCAGUUAUGCAUGCCAGGGACGGGAUUUUUAUAUAUCACACAAAUUACCACGGACACAUUCUUGGCUUUGCACCAAACGCAAACGCAUUCAUUUCCAUCUCUGAGAUCUAAAGUCUGCUGUGAUCGGUGUUUUAUUCCAGAAGGACAUUUAAAACUGCACAGAUUUAAACUUUAAGGAUUUUUCUCUCUUUUGAAUGUUGAAACAUGCCCUUUUUGCGCGCAUCCUGGAGAGCUGAAAGGUGAUCUUUUUUUGCGCAAACAAGGAAACAAAACCAAGUGGAGCAUGGAGAACAGCACUUUAUUCAAAUUUACCAACGGGACACAGGCUACGAUAUGGACUGACUAUAGUAUCGAAUACAAGAUCGCUAGCAUCUUAUUAGUUAUUCUUAUUUGCGGAGUUGGAAUUGUUGGCAAUGUUAUGGUCAUUUUUGUGGUCUUAACGACCAAGCACAUGCGUACACCAACUAAUUGCUAUCUGGUGAGUUUGGCAGUUGCCGACCUCAUGGUCCUGACUGCAGCCGGGCUGCCCAACAUCACCGAGAGUCUGUUCGGCGGCCACUGGGUGUACGGAUACGCUGGAUGCCUCUCCAUCACUUAUUUUCAGUACCUGGGCAUCAACGCAUCUUCCUGUUCCAUCACAGCCUUCACUAUUGAACGCUAUAUUGCCAUUUGCCACCCGAUAAAAGCGCAGUUUAUGUGCACCCUUUCCAGAGCCAAAAAGAUCAUUGUUCUCGUUUGGGUUUUAACGUCCCUCUAUUGCGUUAUGUGGUUUUAUCUUUCCGACACGGAAGAGAUCAUUUAUGAGAACGCUAUCCUUGUGACAUGCGCCUACAAAGUAUCUAGAAACCUGUAUUUGCCAAUAUAUUUCACAGAUUUUGCCGUGUUUUACGUUAUCCCGCUUUUGCUGGCCACUGUUUUAUACGGACUGAUCGCAAGGAUUCUUUUCCUCAACCCACUCCCGUCGGAUCCCAAAGAAAGUCGAAGAAAUUGGAAGAAGGAGUCGUCCGUGCAUGGGAACUCCAGAAGUUCCUCCAGUAACGCAACUGCUGCUUCUCGGAGACAGGUGACAAAGAUGCUGGCAGUAGUGGUGACCCUCUUCGCUAUUCUGUGGAUGCCCUAUCGGACACUGGUGGUGGUCAACUCCUUCCUCAAAGACGCCUAUCUGGACACCUGGUUCCUUCUUUUCUGCCGUCUCUGCAUCUACAUGAACAGCGCUAUCAAUCCAAUCAUCUACAAUGCCAUGUCUCAGAAGUUCCGUGCCGCCUUUCACAAACUGUGGCAUUGUGGGCCCCAGCGCUCUGAGAAGCCCCCCACAUAUAGCGUGGCCCUCACAUACAGCGUCAUCAAGGAGACAUCCAAUGGAGAAAGCCCGGACCACUAUACCACAGAGCUAGAUGACAUCCGUGGAGCCGCCGAAGACCUUCUGCCUGAGAGGAAGAGGUUGUCGUUUAAAGAGUCCUCACUAGCUUGCAAAAACACACUAGCUAGUGCUUAGAUCCUUGGUUGGUAUGUCUGAUUAGGUUGCUUAAUUUGCAGUUUCACAGUGCCUCUGAAUGGCCUAUUGGAUUGACUGCCACAUGGAAACAGCAUUUUGACAAUCAUAGACUUUCAUUUACAUAUUUAAUAAAAGCAGAUUUAUUCAUAGUCUAUCCAUAACCUAGACUUAUAUAGUAGCUGAAGACCAAAAUAGGUCUGGUCCAGUCUGUGAAGGCAGAGUAACGCUCCUGAAGCAAUCAUGGAUGAAGAUAGACAGACAAUUGGAUGGCUGAUUGAACAUGACUCCAUGACGGUAUUGGAUGUGAUUGAGUGUGUGAGCUAGGGAAUGCACGAUUAAUUGAAAUUAAACCUGCAAUUGUGAUAUGGCUUAGUAUGAUUAUCAAAUCGCAAAGGCUGUGAUUUGAUUAAAUAAAUACAUGCACUGUGUGUUUCAAGAGCCAUGCCCACGACAGAGGCAGGAUUUUGAGUGCACGAGCACUGCUUGUGUCACAUUUUGCCACUUUCUGCAUAUUUCCCAAUGAAAAUUAACUAGACAAUUGUGACUGGCAUGUCCCGAAUGGCCUGUGUAAAAUUUGGCACUCUGUUGUGACAUGCGAGCAGCUCGCGACAUUCUUGCAGGAUUCAUAAAACGCUUGCUCUUGAAAGAUGGCUCUGUACCCUGUUUAUUUGGACCAGCUGGCUCCACUGAAUCACAACCUGUAAGUAUGAUAAAUAACAGAUGUUUAUAUUUUCUAUCGAGCAUUCAGAAUACGGAACUAUGGCAGUGGGCGUAUGGUUUCCGACACACAGUGUAUGCCGUAGACUGUAUGAUCACAACAGACUGGGCCAUCUGACCAAUCACAGCAGAGUAGGCUCACUGAAAGGAGGGGGUUAGAGAGACUGAAUCUUAGAACUGCUUCAAAUGAAUCACUGGAAAAUUAGGUGAUAUUAAAUGCUUAUUUUAAGAAAACACAAGUAUUUUUUGACCUUGCAUGCAUGCAAAACAAUAUUAGGAACCUUAUAAAUGGCAUAAAAGGGGCACUUUAAUGGCUUCAUUUGGCUUCCUCCCUCUGCCAAAAUAUAAUAAAAAAAUUUAUCCGAAAAAUCACAAAUUAAAUUUUUCCCUAAAAUCGUGCAGCCCAAGUGUUAGCUGAGGGGCGAAUUCUUUGGUACUUCCAGUCAGAAGAUUUGUAUCACUUUGGUCUCAAAGUGAUGGCCAGUGGUCACUGUGGCAACAGCUGCACGCAUCACUGCCAAAUUAUCACUCUGGAAAAUUUGUUCCAGGAAUGGCUGUCACAUUGUUACUCACCGCACUCUGAAAAAAAAAGGAAGUUAGAUUACUUCUUAACUCUCAUUUGUUUCAAAUGUAAGCUCAAUUUUACAGUUGCAGAGAAAUAUCCUGCCCAAUGAUACUUUCUUUUGCAAAGGGGCAUAAAAUUACGGUAUUAUGAGGCUUAAAAUACCAUAGUACACCCAGAGCCGUGACACUACAUUUAAGGGUGUUGUAUAUUCAAAACCUUAAUUUUAGCAUUUCAGUCCUGAUUCACACCCACUUCCCAAAUUUUUCAGUCUAAAACUAGAGUACACAGCUGUUUGUUGUUUUUGUCAUAUAGAUUAUGCAUCAUCAGCUGAGGCUGUUUUCUCACAGAUCUCACGGUGGCACUGAGAUUUCAUAGCAGAGCUCAAUUCUGUAAAAUUAAGGUGUAGAUGAAGAUAAUCUGUGAUUUCGGAUGUUUGUAGCUAUCUCUUUUGCAUCAUUGUGGUUUAAUGCAAAGGAAGGUGAUUUAAGAAUUAUUUGAUGCUGUAAAUACCUUGUUUUGAUAUCUCUCUCCCUGAAAAAACAACAUGUUUCAGCUCUAUCUGUAGUUUCCAGUACUUGGUUGCUGUAAAUUAUCUGCAUGGACAUGGAUUGUGAUGUGACAUUUUAAACCUAACACAACUCGAACUGCCCACUUGUUGUUGUUUUUUUUUCUUUUUUCUUCUUCUUUCUUAUAAUCAGUGAACAUUUUAGUGGAUAAAAUGUACAGCUCUUGUGAUGUACAGUAAGCAAAAAAGUGUUUGGUUGUAACAUUUGCUCAUUAUUAGUGUUUAAAUUAAUUUUCUUGCUGUAUUAAAACAUGUUUUGUACUUGUAUUUUGUACAGUUGUUGUUUAAAAUAAACUGAUAGUAAAUCUUUGGGA